AUGCCACUGUACAUAUUGUGGGCAUGGGUUACAAGCUUUUUACUGCUCGGUUGUCCACUAAUAACUCGAGCGGAGCCUUAUGAACCUUCUAAACCAAUAAAGUGUCAGAAAGAGCAACAGUGUCCACAGGAAUGGCCAUGUUGUUCGCCUUAUGGUUACUGUGGAGCUGGUCCGAUUUGCCUGGGUGGAUGCAACCCUAAAUAUUCUUUUGAUAAAUUGAGUUGUGCUCCAAUGCCAGCACUGCUUCCUCCUCUCAAUGAUCAUUUCGCCGCUAAACCUAAUAAUAUGCCAGAAAGUUCAGUUAUAUCUCCAGAGGAAAAACUUAAGCAAAGCGGUAUAGCCCAUUUCACUGACUAUUUGGUUACUAAGGAUAAAGGUGACGCAGAAAAGAUGCUCGAUAGUUACAAUUUUGUCUACAGUGGUCCAGCUGAUGUGGAUACUCCUACGGGCGACAUUCUUUUAACCAUGCCGCCAAAAACUACUGGUAGUUUAAUUGCAGGGUCUCAAUCAUUUUUGUAUGGGAAAGCUGUAGUUCGUUUAAAAACUAGCCGUUCUAGAGGCGUAAUUACUGCCAUAGUUUUAAUCUCAGCCGUUGGUGAUGAAGUUGAUUAUGAAUGUCUUGGAAGCCAAAGAGAUGAAGUGCAAACCAAUUAUUUUUCCAAAGGGGAGUUGGAUUAUACAAAGAUGAGAAGAAUUCCGCUUUCUUCAGAUUCUUGGGCUAACUAUCACAAUUACGAAAUCGAUUGGAAUGAGGAAAGAAUCCAAUGGAUCAUUGAUGGAAAAGUAGUAAGAACUCUUAGUAAACAUGAAACCUGGAAUGAAAAAUUACAGAUAUUCAAAUAUCCACAAACUCCGAUGCGGCUAGAAGUAGCACUAUGGCCUGGAGGUGCUGCACAAAACCAUCCCGGCACCAUUGAAUGGGCAGGCGGUCCCGUAGACUGGGAGAAUUCACCAGAACUAGUGGAAAAAGGUGCCUUUACUGCUCACGUCUCACAGAUAGAUGUGGUACCCCAUCCUAACAAAUUUUUACCGGCAAUGUCUAAUUGCUUAGAAGAGGGAAAUAAGAUCGCUUAUGCCUACGGAUCUUCUCCUGGUCAUCACUUCAACCAGAACAUUCUUGAAUGGUAUUGCAAUAUAGUGCCCAACGUACCCGAUUAUAAGAGUUCUGGUGCUAGUAUUCCACGUACAGAACAGUUACCAGCAGCUAUCCGAAAGAAGGAGAUGAUUCCCGUUAAAGUGGAGGAAAAUUUCAUUCCUGAUAUUCGUCGCCUAAGUGUUAGACCUAAUGGGACUCUCUUAUUUAACACCACUAGAAACGAUACUUGGUCAAAGCAGUCCCCAUCUUCCUCAUCAGCAUCUGAUACAUGGCGUCACAACAAUCCCUUGUGGAGAAUAUUCCACCAAUUGCGCCAAUGGCGUGAACUUAUCUAG